CGGAAAUGACGUCACGCGUGACGGUCCCUCAGCCCAUCGGUUCAGCAUGGCGCCGCUCCUGCUCCCGCUGAAAUGCGGAUUUCACUUUCAAAGGCGUAAAUUGUCCCUUUUGCUUCAGCAGAGCAGCGCCGUUCACGCGUGGAUCUAUCACGACCACCGAGCGGCGAAUAAACGGAAAGAGCGGAGCACGUAUCAGCUGUCAAGUCAAAGCCGAGCGUCAUCGACAUGGGCCAACAGCAGAGCUCAGAACAGCCGACAGAUCUUAGAAGCAGUAAAACAUUUACAGAUCCCAGAGAGACAGUGCUGGCACGGCCACGCAGGUGGAGGACUCAGUGCAGACCCCAAAAAUGUGCUGAAGGAAGUGAACUCCUCGACGAUUCUGGGGGCCAUGUUGACGUAUGUUUGGCCGAAGGACAGACCGGACCUGCGCGCUCGAGUGGCCAUCUCUCUGGGUCUCCUCGCUGGAGCCAAGAUAACCAACGUGAUGGUGCCCCUCAUGUUUAAAUAUGCGGUGGACGGCCUGAACCAGAUGUCGGGACACAUGUUGAACCUGAGCGACGCGCCGAACACGGUGGCCACCAUGGCAACGGCUGUUCUGAUUGGCUACGGCGUUUCCCGCGUCGGUGCUGCUCUCUUCAAUGAGCUGAGGAACGCAGUGUUUGGGAAAGUGGCUCAGAGCUCCAUCAGGAGGAUAGCCAAGAACGUCUUUCUCCAUCUUCACAACCUGGACCUGGGCUUCCACCUGAGCAGGCAGACCGGAGCGCUGUCCAAAGCCAUUGACCGUGGCACUCGAGGAAUCAGCUUCGUGCUCAGCGCUCUGGUCUUUAACCUGGGGCCUACGCUCUUUGAAAUGAUCCUGGUCAGCAGCAUUUUGUAUUAUAAGUGUGGCGGUCAGUUUGCUCUGGUCACUGUGGGGACCCUCUCGGCAUACACCGCGUUCACCGUCGCUGUCACGCAGUGGAGGACGCGGUUCAGGAUCCAGAUGAAUAAGGCUGAUAAUGAUGCUGGAAACGCUGCUAUCGAUUCUCUCCUCAAUUAUGAAACCGUUAAGUACUUCAACAAUGAGAAGUAUGAGGCGGAGCGUUACGAUAGUUUUCUGAAGGUGUAUGAGUCGUCGUCUCUGAAGACCACCUCUACUCUGGCCAUGCUCAACUUCGGUCAGAGCGUCGUCUUCAGCGUCGGCCUUACCGCCAUCAUGGUGCUGGCAAGCAAAGGCAUAAUGGCAGGCAGCAUGACUGUGGGUGAUCUAGUGAUGGUGAACGGGCUGCUCUUCCAGCUCUCUAUGCCGCUCAACUUUCUGGGAACGGUGUACAGAGAGACCCGGCAGGCCCUCAUAGACAUGAACACGCUCUUCACUCUGCUCAGCAUCGACACCAAAAUAAAGGAGAAAGAAAUGGCGCCGCCGCUGCUCGUUAAACCCCAGGAAGCCACCAUCAGGUUUGAGGAUGUGUAUUUUGAGUACUUGGAGGGACAAAAGGUGCUUAACGGGGUUUCCUUUGAAGUACCUGCAGGGAAAAAGGUGGCCAUUGUUGGUGGCAGUGGAUCUGGAAAGAGCACGAUUGUCCGACUGCUCUUUCGUUUCUACGAGCCGCAGCAGGGCAACAUCUUCAUCGCAGGCCAGAACAUUCGUGAUGUUAGUUUGGAGAGCUUGAGGAAAGCUGUGGGCGUCGUGCCGCAGGACGCCGUGCUUUUCCACAAUACCAUAUUUUACAAUCUGCUGUAUGGUAACAUCAACGCCACCGCAGAGGACGUCUACCGUGUGGCCAAACUAGCUGGAAUCCAUGACGCCAUUCUCCGAAUGCCUCAUGGAUACGAGACGCAGGUCGGAGAGCGAGGCCUGAAGCUCUCAGGUGGAGAAAAGCAGCGUGUGGCCAUCGCACGGGCCAUCCUUAAGAACCCUCCCAUUUUUCUGUAUGACGAGGCCACGUCUUCACUAGACUCAAUCACUGAAGAGAAUAUUCUGACUUCCAUGAAGGAGAUGGUGAGGGACAGAACAUCUGUCUUUAUUGCACACCGGCUGUCCACCAUUGUGGAUGCAGAUGAGAUUAUUGUACUAAAUCAGGGGAAGGUGGUGGAGCGCGGCAAUCAUCAGGCUCUGCUGAGCACGCCGGCCAGUCUGUACGCAGACCUGUGGAACACACAGAACAGCAGAACCACGAGCGCCGCGAGCCGGCCCGAGCCUGCGGCCGAGCACCUGACGCAGAGAGAGGAGGAGCGCAAGAAGCUGCAGGAGGAGAUCCUCAACAGCGUGAAGGGCUGCGGGAACUGCUCCUGCUGAGCUCUACUGGACUGGGGUCACAGCGAGGAGUCGGGAUCUUAUUUCAUCCUGAACUGACAGUGGCGUCCUCCUUUCUGAUUUUUCCAUAACCUCGAGGGCCAAUGUCAUGCCUUUAUUUUCACAUGCCGUCAGGGUGAUUUGAACCUGUUUUAAUAGAUUUGUCCAUGUCAUCUGGAACUCUUGUAAGUUGUUUUUAUUAUGCAUAUGUACAUAUUACUAAUGCGAUAUUUUUGAGAAGCGCAUUGUAUAGAGUGCACAUAUCAUUGAAUAGAUAUAUUGUCUGUUGAAUUGUGGUAGAUAUGUCUGGACCAUUUUGGAGAUUUCGUCUGUGAACACUAGCAUCGGUCUCAUCAACAUUAAUUUAUACCAAAUCUGAAUGAGAUGUCAUUGAAAGUGUUUAACAACUUGUAUUAAAUAAAACUUCCUCCUCUGAGUGUCUGAGAGCAUGCGUUUCUUUCAGCCAAUCAGAUUUGGUUUGAAAUCAGUAACACAGAAGUGAUGAAGCUUUCUUUGUGAUGUUCAGGGCUUCACAUGUUCCAGGUCACAGCAUGUCUGUGAAAUCCUUCAAAAGCUGUCAGUCAUUGUUUGAGAUGUUAAUUUAGACCGUGAAUGUAUAGAGGUGUGUUUGAGAGAUGUUGUAAUGUGUGUCGCUCCAUCACAUUCGUUCAUCAGUGAGUGUGAGAUGGAUGAGGGGCGUUGGGUGAAUAAAUGGGUCAGUGACGUGACUCAUACUUUUGUCUGGAAAAAUACGCUAAAAUGCGUUUCAUACAUAAAAUAACUUCAAUGCACCUCUGCUAUAAUGAACCUUUUAUGGGAAAAAAAGGUAUUUUAGUAUAUUUAUAUAUUUUACUAAAAAUGUGACUUUUUUUUAAAGUGUCAAGGUGGUGUUGAUUUGUAAUGAAGAAAAACAACUCUUAUUAAAAGGCAGAACUUCUUGGGGAGGAAAUAGUUUGCCAAACUUACAGGAUUUCUUUUAAGAAUAAGAAGAGAUGCAAUUUUGUUUUAAAGAUGACAUAAGAGGCUGUGUUAUACCAUGUGAUACGCUAUAGAAAGUAAGUUUUCUUUUUUCUAUUUUUUUUUUAUAUAAAAUAGACGAAUAUAAUAGGGAUUCUGAUUUUCCUGUGAUGUUUUAUUUUAUUUUAUUUUACACACUGGACAUCUGAUAUAUCUUGUUGGCUAGUUCUAUUUGUAUUCUGACCCAUUCAGUAUAGUAUAAUAAAGCAUGUUUUUCAGAGUUCAGUGACAGAAAACAAAAGACGAUAACAGAAAAGGGCAGAAUAUGCCAGCAGUCAGGAAAGAGAUUAAACGUGAAAUCAUUUGUCAAAUCAAAAAGUUAAGAAGAAAACAUGUUUACUCAACUGAUUUAAAAGAACUAGAUCUCCCAGUUAGCCAGUAAUGAAACAUUGUCAUUUGGGAUUUUAUGUUUGAAAAUAAUGUGUAUAUGCACAAGUAUUCAAAGUGCAUUUGGUUAGACCAACUGACAUUUUUAUUUCUAAUUUAUUAGAAUUUCCUUGCCAUCUGUGUUUGACUCGCAAUAAAAACGUUUAAUUGUA